CUAUGGGACCUCCUCUAAACUUUAGAGAGGAGACUUUUCUACUGAACAAAGAAACCAACAGGAGAGAUCAGAGUCAGAGAUUCUCAGUGGUCAGUCUUCACAGAGUCAUCAAACAGGCCUGGACUCCAUAUUCAGUUUGCUUGAAGAGAAUAUUAUUAGAUUUGUGAAGAACGAGCUGAAGAUGUUCAAGAGGAUUCUUAGUCCAGAACUCCCAGAAGGCUUUGAGAGUCAGAAGCAGGAUAAGGAAGUGGUGGACCCUGAAGAUGAGAAGCAGGAGAGCAGUGCCAGAGAGGGGGCUCUGAAGAUCACACUGCACAUCCUGAGGAAAAUGAACCAGAAGCAGCUUGCUGACGCACUGGAGAAAUAUUCAGAUGAUCAUGCUGUGAUUUGCCAACGUGAACUCAAAUCUAAUCUAAAGAAGAAGGUUCAAUGUGUAUUUGAGGGGAUCGCUAAACAAGGAAACCCAACACUUCUCAAUAAGAUCUACACAGAGCUCUACAUCACAGAGGGUGGAACAGGAGAGGUCAAUAAUGAACAUGAGCUGAGACAGAUUGAGACAACAACCAGGAAACAAGCAAGGCCAGAGACUGCAAUCAAAUGUAACAACAUCUUCAAACCCUUAACUGGACAAGACAAACGUAUCAGAACUGUGCUGACAAAGGGAGUCGCUGGCAUUGGAAAAACAGUCUCUGUGCAGAAGUUCAUUCUGGACUGGGCUGAAGGAAAAGCAAAUCAGGAUGUCCAAUUUGUAUUUUCAUUGCCUUUCCGGGAGCUGAAUUUGAUGAAAGAGGACAACUACACUUUCAUUGAACUUCUCAAUCACUUCUCAAUGGAAACCAAACAAUCAGGAAUCUCCAACUACGACAAGUACAAAGUUCUGUUCAUCUUUGACGGUCUGGAUGAGUGCCGACUGCCCCUAGACUUCCAGAAGAACAAGAUCUGUUGUGACGUCACAGAGUCAACUUCAGUGGAUGUUCUGCUGACAAAUCUCAUCAAGGGAAAUCUGCUUCCCUCUGCUCUCCUCUGGAUAACUACCCGACCUGCAGCAGCCAAUAAGAUCCCUUCAGGGUGUGUUGACCAAUUGACAGAGGUACGAGGGUUCAAUGACCCACAGAAGGAGGAGUACUUCAGGAAGAGAUUCAGUGAUGAAGACCUGGCCAACAGAAUCAUCUCACACAUAAAGACAUCAAGGAGCCUCCACAUCAUGUGCCACAUUCCAGUCUUCUGUUGGAUUUCUGCAACAGUCCUUGAACACAUGCUGAAACAUAAGAGAGAAGAGAUGCCCAAGACACUGACUGAGAUGUACACAAACCUUGUUGUGUUUCAUACCAAACAGAAGAAUGAAAAGUAUCUUGGGAAAGAAGAGACAGAUCCAAAGAUACCUGAGAUCAGGAAGUCUCUCAAAACCCAACCUGUCACCUGCACAGUGAAAUGCUCCAGAUCAGAGGAAGGUCUUCUGAGGCUGCUGCCAGUGGUCAAAGCAUCCAGAGCUGUUCUGCUGUCAGGCUGUGGAGUCACAGAGAAAGGCUGUGCUUCUCUGGUCUCAGCUCUGGAGUCAAACCCCUCCCACCUGAGAGAGCUGGACCUGAGUAACAAUGACCUGAAGGAUUCAGGAGUGAAGCUGCUCUCUGCUGGACUGGGGAAUCCCCACUGUAAACUGGAGACUCUGAGGCUGUCAGGCUGUCUAGUCACAGAGGAAGGCUGUGCUUUCUGGUCUCAGCUCUGAGGUCAAACCCCUCACACCUGAG